UUAUCACCGACCGCACCUUUCCUCUUCUCCAAGAACAUAACCCCCAUCUCAAUCCUUUCUUUACCUCAUCCAUGACAUCAUCUCUUUUUCUUUGACACUGCUCAAUAUUAUAUCUUCACUUUAUAUUAUACGUCGUACGUAUCAUUUAUCUACAUAUAUACAUAGAACACUUGUUUAGUAAGUAAAUACCAUAAUCGAUCUUUCUCCAAAUAAAUUGAUAAACACAAAAAAGAAAUGGAGCUAGUAUUUGUUCCAACGCCGGGAAUGGGCCACCUUCUCUCCGCCGUAGAAGUAUCAAAACUCAUCAUCCAACGCGACCGUCGCAUUUCUAUACUCAUCCUCAUUAUCAAAGUCCCCAUGACUUCCUCCAUACUCGACUCAUUCGUCGAGUCUCAGUCACGUGACAACCCUUACCCGACCCGACUCACCUUCAUCACCCUCCCGCCUCUCUCCAACUGUCCUGACCCUUCUUCGUUUUCCUUCUUCCAGACCCUCAUUACUCUUCAGAAGCCUCUUGUUAAGCAAGCUGUUACGGAUCGAAUCAGCAAAGUCGGGUCGCCCGCUCUUGCCGGGUUUAUCCUCGACAUGUUUUGCACUAACAUAAUGGAGGUUGCUGAUGAGUUCAUGGUCCCCUCCUAUAUCUUCUUUACUUCCGGAGCUAGUCUCUUGAAUUUCAUUUUCCUUUUUCAAAAGUUGGAAGACGAUGAAGGAGUUGACACUGUGACCAAGUUCAACGACCCGGAAAUCGAGUUUGAUGUACCCGGGUUCGUGAACCAGGUCAAUGGGAAGGUUGUACCCGUGGUGUUUCUUGAGAAGGAAGGUGGGUCCUCCAUGAUAAUCGACCAUGCGAGGAGGUUUAAGAAAUCGAAUGGGAUAAUAGUUAAUACAUUCACGGAGCUGGAAUCGGUUGGUGUAGAAGCUCUGUUCGAUCAAGUGAGUAAGAAUAUCAUACCUGCUGUUUAUCCCGUGGGUCCCAUCUUGGAGCUAGAGAGUAAGACCCGAGGUGGGUCCCAAGAUGAAAGUCAAGACAAGAUAUUGCAAUGGCUAGAUGAUCAGCCUUCUUCCUCCGUGGUGUUCCUCUGUUUUGGGAGCAUGGGAUGUUUUGAUGCAGACCAGGUGAAAGAGAUAGCUAACGGUCUGGAGAAAUCUGGACAUCGAUUCUUAUGGUCCUUAAGAAAGCCACCUCCUGAAGGUAAAGUCGGUAUGCCAACCGAGCACGAAACUUUCGUGGAUGUUUUACCCGACGGGUUUCUCGAACGCACGGCGGAGAGAGGGAAAAUGAUUGGUUGGGCACCGCAAGUGUCAAUCCUUAGCCACCAGGCCGUCGGUGGGUUUGUGUCGCAUUGUGGGUGGAACUCGACUUUGGAGAGUAUAUGGUUUGGGGUUCCGAUGGCGACAUGGCCGUUGUACGCGGAGCAACAACUGAAUGCGUUCGAGCUGGUGAAGGAGCUGGGAUUAGCGGUGGAGAUUAGGAUGGACUAUCGGCGAGAUUGGAAAACAAAAAAGGCAAAUUUUACAGUAACGGCGGAGGAGAUUGAGAAUGGGGUGAAGAAGUUGAUGAGUUUGGAUGAAGAGACGAAGAAGAAAGUAAGGGAGAUGAGUGAGAAAGGUAAGAAAGCAUUAGAAGAGGGUGGAUCUUCUCACAUGUGGUUGGGUCGUUUUAUUGAAGAUGUGUUUACUAAUGUUGCUUCAAAUUGAUCCACAAUAUUGCAUUUUGGCUUUACUACCUUUACCAUUUUUGUUCUCAUACAGUUAUGUAUCCUAAUUAUUUUUGUUGUUUUUAUAUGUUUUUUUUAGAAGAAAAAACAAUAAGUAAUUUCUCCGUUUCGGAAUACUCGCAACGGUUUGA